AGAAAAAGUCGCUCGGCGUCGAUGGUCGGAAAAGGGAGAUCGCUGGUGAUCAGAUGCGUUCGGCACUUAUACGAUGGAAGUCCAUUGAACCGUCAAGGUUGGGAAGCUCACACCCUUGUCCUGAUCAUAUGUCAUCACGCUGGAAUCAUUUCGGUAAUUAGCUGCUGGCGUGGAUCAGAAGCCUGCUGAGAAACUUCUCUGGACAGCAACCAUGAGCAGUGUGUCACACUCCCCGCACCCCCCCACCAUAAGCAAAAGGUCCCUGUUGCUCCUGCUUCUCCUGCUGUCAGGAAAGCAGUGGGGACCAGCUCCCUCCAGCCUCCUGGUAGGCGCCCAGCCCAGCGAGCACCGCAUUCUUGCACACGUGCCUGGAGACCUUGUCAUUGGUGCGCUGUUCUCCGUGCACCAUCAGCCUCCUGCAGACAAGGUGCAUGAGCGUAAGUGUGGGGCAGUACGGGAGCAGUAUGGCAUCCAGAGGGUGGAGGCCAUGCUGCAUACUCUAGACCGCAUCAACGCUGAUGAGCGCAUCCUGCCUGGUGUGAUGCUGGGCUGCGAGAUCCGCGACUCCUGCUGGCAUUCGGCCGUGGCCCUGGAGCAGAGCAUCGAGUUCAUCCGUGACUCGCUGGUCUCCAACCAGGAGGAUGAUGGGGGGGACUUCGCAGCCACUGCACGCUGCACCGCUGACAGUUCUGACCAGCCUGCAGGCUCUAAGAAGCCCAUUGUCGGACUGAUAGGACCUGGCUCCAGCUCUGUGGCCAUCCAGGUGCAAAACCUACUGCAGCUCUUCAACAUCCCCCAGAUCGCCUACUCUGCCACCAGCAUGGACCUCAGCGACAAGUCCCUGUACCAGUACUUCAUGAGGGUGGUACCGUCUGAUGCACAACAGGCUAGGGCUAUGGUCGACAUCGUCAAAAGGUACAACUGGACCUAUGUGUCAGCUAUACACACUGAGGGGAACUACGGCGAAAGUGGCAUGGAGGCCUUCAAGGACAUGGCGACCAAAGAGGGCAUCUGCGUCGCCCACUCCGACAAGAUCUACAGCAACGCUGGCGAGCACAACUUCGACCGACUUCUAGACAAGCUGGUCGCGCACCUGCCACGCGCACGCGUGGUGGCCUGCUUCUGCGAGGGCAUGACCGUGCGCGGCAUCCUCAUGGCCAUGCGCCGUCGCCACCUAGUGGGCCAGUUCCUGCUGGUUGGCAGCGAUGGCUGGGCCGACCGGUACGACGUGACCGACGGCUAUGAGAGGGAGGCUGCUGGUGGCAUCACCAUCAAGCUCCAGUCGGCCUACGUAAGAUGGUUUGACGAUUACUACCUGGCUCUGCGGCCCCACAACAACCAGCGCAAUCCCUGGUUCCCCGAGUUCUGGCAGCACCGCUUCCAGUGCCGGCUGGCAGGUCACCCGCAGGAGAACCAGCAGUAUAAUCGCACGUGUAGCGAUAAGGAGUCACUGAGACAGCAGUAUGCCCAGGACACCAAGAUGGGCUUUGUGAUUGAUGCCAUCUACUCCAUGGCCUACGGUCUGCACAACAUGCAGAAGGAGCUCUGCCCUGGCCGAGAUGGCCUCUGCUCAGCCAUGCACCCUGUUGAUGGUCGCGUGCUGCUCGACUUCCUUAUGAAGACCAACUUCACCGGAGUGUCUGGGGAGCUGGUCUGGUUCGAUGACAAUGGGGACUCCCCGAGGCGGUACGAGAUCAUGAACUUCAAGAAGAUGGGUCCAGAAGCAGAUGACUACAGCUAUAUCAGCGUAGGCAGCUGGGACAACCAGGGGCUGAAGAUGGAUGACGAUGAGGUGUGGGCCAACCAGAGCGCGAUCAUCCAGUCAGUGUGCAGUGAGCCAUGCCAGAAGGCCCAGAUCAAGGUGAUCCGCAAAGGUGAGGUCAGCUGCUGCUGGACCUGCACUCCUUGCAAGGAGAAUGAGUUUGUGUUUGACGAGCACACCUGCCAGGCUUGUGCCCUGGGAUCCUGGCCGACUGAUGACCUCACAGGCUGUGAACCCAUUCCUGUGGAGUACUUGCGUUGGGGUGACCCUGAGCCCAUUGCCGCUGUGGUGUUUGCUUGCCUAGGUCUCGUGGCCACAGCCUUUGUCACCUCUGUCUUUGUCAAGUUUCAAGACACGCCGGUGGUGAAGUCCUCCAGCCGUGAGCUCUGCUACAUCAUCCUGGCUGGCAUCUUCCUGGCCUACCUCAGUACCUUCUCCCUGGUGACCAGGCCACAGAUUGCCUACUGCUACCUGCAGAGGCUGCUGGUGGGGCUGUCUCCCGCCAUGAGCUACUCGGCCUUGGUGACGAAGACCAACCGAAUCGCGAGAAUCCUAGCCGGCAGCAAAAAGAAGAUCUGCACACGCAAGCCACGCUUCAUGAGCGCCUGCGCCCAGCUGGCCAUCGCCACGCUGCUUAUUCUGAUGCAGCUGGCCAUCGUGGUGACACUGUUCGUCAAGGAGCCACCGGCCGUCGUGCACGACCACCCCAGCAUGCGGCAGGUUCGCCUGGUGUGCAAUACUAGCACCCUGGGCGUGGUGGCACCGCUCGGCUACAAUGGGCUGCUCAUCCUCAGCUGCACCUUCUACGCGUUCAAGACUCGCAACGUGCCGGCCAACUUCAAUGAGGCCAAGUACAUCGCCUUCACCAUGUACACCACCUGCGUGGUUUGGCUGGCUUUCGUACCCAUAUAUUUUGGCAGCGACUAUAAGACGGUGACCAUGUGCUUCUCGGUCAGCCUAAGUGCCUCCGUGGCACUGGGCUGCAUGUUCGCUCCCAAGGUCUACAUCAUGCUGGCCAAGCCGGAGAGGAACGUCAGGAGCGCCUUCACCACCUCCACCGUGGUGCGCAUGCAUGUGGGCGACGGCAAGUCCGCCUCCUCCUCUACUGCCAGUGGUGGCUCCGGUAGUGCGAGAAACCUCUGGAAACGCAGAAGCUCUGGGGCUGAGGCACCGAGUUCCAACGGGAAGUCGAUGACCUGGGUCCAGAACGAGCGAAGCUACCAUCACAGCCUGUGGAAGCGUAUUUCCAUCCAUAUCAAAAAGAAGGAGAGCAACCAGACUGCUGUUAUCAAGCCGUUCCAUAAGGGCGGAGAUGCGGCAUCCGAGCCAGGGGCCAAGGCGCAGCACUACCCGAUGACUUACCACUCGCAGGUGCCCUCACCAUCAGCAAUCAGCGCCAUGGGGGGGCCCUCGAUGGGACACGAGGAAGAAGAUGAUGAGGAGGAAGAACAGGAGGAAGUGGCCCUGUCCUCAUACAUGAGCCAGCGGCCAGUGGAGCUCUCCCGGGUCUCCAUCAUGGAGCAAAUCAGCUCCAUGGUCGACCGCUUCACUGCUAACAUAAGUGAGCUGAACAGCAUGAUGCUGCCUGGCUCCCCAUCAUUGAUGCCCAGAUUCAGCAUUACCAGAGAGACUGCGGGUACAAGCAUGCAGCAGGAGUCUAGUUUGGAGCAGGAGGAGACAGGCCACUCCCACAUCCUAGCCCCCAUUGGGAGACCAGGCACCCUGGAAGAUCUGAUUGGGCUCAUGCCCCCUUCUCCCUUCCGGGACCAAGCAGACCUGGCUAACUCUGCUUCCGUCCUCUGCAUGCCCUCCUCCCCCCCAUAUGAGGGGCUGCUGCUGAGGGAGUUCGGUCCCAGUUCCUCAUCCCUGUGAGCGAGCUACACUAUUGGGGUGGGGCUACAUUGUCGGGUGGAGUUUGCUGGGAGAUAUAUUCUGACAGAUCAUCGACACAGUCCAGAAUGACAAACAGCCUUGGACCAAUCAGGACGCGAUGGAGUGCCAUUGCAUUGAUUACCAUGUUGAUGGUAUUUAAACCAUCAGUGCAGGACUAGAGCAGGGGGGUGGUACAGCAGCUGUUUGGACCAACCAGAUUGAGCAGAGUGAGCUUACUGUCUAUACUCCACUCAUUGGUCCGGUAUGGCAUGAAACUGGUGCUAAAAUCUGAUAAACCAUCUGAAUUUAAAUACAAGGUUUUUGACCAAACUCCAGUCCUGCUUUCACACACACAAUACCAGGGCAUUCUUCAUACUGGCAUACAGUGGUGGAGAAGGUAAAAAUCCGAACCGAGAUUUUGUUUCAACCAAUCAGCUGUGCAUAAAGAAUACUCAGAGUACUCAACUGGUUGGUUGAAGUGUCAGAUUGCCUCAAAUGCGCAGAGGAAAACUUACAUACCUUAUCUUAAAGGUCUACAGAAAAUGUCAGUUCAUUUUGUCUCUUCUGUUAUUCACAAAGAUGCCAACGAAAUGUGGGCGAUGUAAAUAUAAAAGCAUGGUUAAUAUAUCUUUUAAGAAAAUGUCAUGUGGUGGUGUUUGAUUUAAAUAGUUUUGAAAGGUUAUUUUUUUAAUGUUAUUUUGAUAUAUAUUCAAGAUUCUCUAUUGUCAUGCAGCCAGGUUGGUGACUUUUGGAUAUAUACUCCAUAACAUUAAUGCACACUAUACUGCAUACUACAUAACAUAAAUCCAUACUAUACUUUAUACCUCCUAACACUAAUGCACUGUACUUUAUACCUUACAACAUUAAUGCACAAUAUACAAUAUACCUUGUAACACAAAUAAGCACUGCAGAGUAUACUCGGAAGGUGGCUGGUUUAAGCCUGGCCUUGGCAGAAUAGUCACAUCUGUGGGCCCUUCAGCAAGGCCCUUAACCCCCAGCUCCAAUGGCACCACUGCAGGUGGCUGCUCUUCACUGCCAAGCUGACUCUCACCUACAUGUGUGUCAGGGAGAGCAAGAUGGGG